AUGGAAGGAGGAGGCCGAGAUGUGUUCCUAGGUCCGCCGCCGCAGCCGCCCUCUUGCCCGUUCCACGGAUCCGCUACCGCCACCCGCUCCGGUGGGGCGCUGAUGCUCAGCUUCUCCUCCUCCUCCAAUGGCGCAGCAGGGUUGGGUCUGUGCUCAGGUGCCAGCAAGAUGCAGAGUGUGUUGUCGAGGGUGAGGGGGCCUUUCACUCCCACGCAGUGGAUGGAGCUGGAGCACCAGGCCCUGAUCUACAAGCACUUCGCUGUCAAUGCCCCUGUGCCGUCAAGCUUGCUCCUCCCUAUCAAAAGAAGCCUCAAUCCAUGGAGUAGCCUUGGCUCCAGCUCAUUAGGAUGGGCACCAUUUCGUUCUGGCUCUGGUGAUGCAGAACCAGGUAGAUGCCGCCCUUUGACAGAUGGCAAAAAGUGGCGGUGCUCUAGAGAUGCUGUUGGGGACCAAAAAUACUGUGAGCGACACAUAAAACGUGGUUGCCACCGUUCAAGAAAGCAUGUGGAAGGCCGAAAGGUGACACCCACCAUUGCAGAUCCAACCAUGGUUGUUUCUGGUGGUUCAUUGUUGUACAGCCAUGCUGUGGCUUGGCAGCAGCAGGGCAAAAGCUUAGCUGCUAAUAUGACUGAUCCGUUCUCACUAGUGUCCAACAGGAAUUUGCUGGAUAAACAGAAUAUAGGCGACCAGUUCUCUGUAUCCACUUCCAUGGAUUCCUUUGACUUAUCAGCGUCACAUUCUUCCCCAAACCAUGACAAAGUAGCAUUUUCACCGGUGGAGAUACAACAUGAACAUGAUCAGCUGUAUCUUGUGCAUGGAGCAGGCAGUUCAGCAGAACACGUUAACAAGUCUCAGGAUGGUCAGCUACUGGUCUCCAGGGAAACAAUUGAUGAUGGACCUCUAGGCGAGGUUUUCAAAGGCAAGAGUUGCCAGUCAGCAUCUGCGGACAUCUUAACUGAUCAAUGGACUUCAACUUGUGAGUUGCAUUCUCCAACCGGAAUCCUACAAAUGUCUAGUAGCAACACAGUGCCAGUAGAGAACCACACAAGUAACAAUAGCUAUCUCAUGGCGAGGAUGGUGAAUUCUCAGACGGUCCCAACACUCCACUAA